AUGUCCAAAGUUUCUAAACAAAAUAUCAGAGAGUCUGUCGAUGACUUGUUGAAGUACUCGCUCGAAACCAAGAAGAGAAACUUCUUGGAGACGGUUGAGUUGCAAGUCGGUUUGAAGAACUAUGACCCUCAGAGAGAUAAGCGUUUCUCUGGUUCUUUGAAGUUGCCAACCAUUCCAAGACCAAAUAUGAGUGUUUGUGUUUUCGGUGAUGCUUUUGACUGUGAUAGAGCUAAGGGUUUGGCCGUUGAUGCCAUGUCCGUUGAUGACUUGAAGAAGUUGAACAAGAACAAGAAGUUAAUUAAGAAGUUGGCUAAAAAGUACAACGCCUUUGUUGCUUCUGAGUCUUUGAUCAAGAAGGUUCCUAGAUUACUCGGUCCCCAACUUUCCAAGUUGGGUAAGUUCCCUACUCCAGUUUCUCACACUGAGGACUUGAGUCAGAAGAUCACCGAUGUUAAGUCUACCAUCAAGUUCCAAUUGAAGAAGGUCUUAUGUCUUAAUGUUUCUGUUGGUAACGUUGAGAUGGAAGAGGAGGUUUUGAUUUCUCAAAUCUUGAUGGCUGUUAACUUUUUAGUUUCUUUGUUGAAGAAGAAGUGGCAAAAUGUUGGUUCUUUGGUUGUUAAAUCUUCCAUGGGCCCUGCUUUCAGACUUUACUGA